AUGAAGUCUACCGCUCAGUAUUCCUACAUUGUGUCUUCUGCGUCUCCCGUCGUCGAAGAGAUCACACCAGAGCCUACCCCCGAGAUAGAGGAUUCAAGCCAUGUUGCAGAUGCCUCUUCAAUGGGACAAACGGAGAGCCCUCUGGGAACCUUCACCAGGCAGACGCAUGAUUUUGGCCUUUUCUUCGUAGACGCUGUGCACCGACGGCUCCAAUAUCGAGCUGUUACUUGGAGGAAGAUCGACUCAGAGACUGCAUUGUUUUGCGUUAGCGUAUUGCAGGCUAUCGUGGCUGAAGUGCUGGAGAUGACAGGAGAUAUUGCACACCGUGCUGGUCAUAAAACCAUCAAGGCCAUGCAUUUGAAAUAUGCCUUUCAAGAAGAUGAAGCACUUAGCACUCUCAAGCAAGCAAUGGGCUGCACCGUGGUUGACGCAUGUGCCAAUCUGGAUGAGAGCAUUGAGGAAGAGCACAUCGACAUCAAGCUAAGAGAUACCCCUCCUGUUCAAUCUGAAAUUGUAUGGGACAACAUAUCAACGAGAAUUGGGCGCGGAGUCAAGCUGCUAGGACCACAGGGGGAACCGGUACCAUCGACUGUCCCAUACAAGAGGGAUACUGAGGAUUACCCACCGCGAGCACAGACGCAUUCAGGGAGAACAUUUCCCACCACGAUCCUGACGGCAUGGCAGACCUCCAGUUGGGGUUGCCUCGACGCGUUACAACCGAUGAGACAUUUCUUCCAGCGAGCGGCGCCUUCACCGAGAAUAGCCUGGGGAAUAACAGCAAGGAGGGCGUAA